UUUCAUUUCAAGUCGAUGGAUGCCUGACCAGCAUAUGAAUCAGAAUUUGCUUCAAAAAUCGACCUUUGUGCAGUUCCGGGCCUUUGGUCCAGGCACGAUGGCACGGCAAGGCUCCGCGCCAGGCAUUGAUGGGAGCUUCUUCGUAAUCCCUGAAUCAUUUUCUGCGAUAUCAUCUCGUGCUUGAGAUAUACUUACUAGUGGGAUCAUUUGAUAUAGGCCGCAAUCGCCACCAGCACAGCAACGUUUAUAAUUUCGAGCAUUAGGUCGGAGCUCCCCUUUUGACAGCACAGAUAAUAGAAGCGAGCAGUCAUGGGGAUAGUAUCUUUAUUGCCUCGUACGGGAGUGACUGUUGUUGAUAGUGUACUUUUUGUAGGCUUCGUUCUUGCCGCGGUACUGGGUGGGACAUCGGCGUUCACCCAUUGUCGAUACUGGCUUCAAUCUCGAGGAAAUGCCGGUCGGUUUGAAGGACGAGAGCCAUUGACUCUGCCAUACUCAAUUCCAUGGCUCGGAGGGUUCUCUAGGAUGUUGGAUCCACAUGGCAUGUAUUCAUACGCUAGGAACAUGUCACCUCAAAACAGACCAGUCUGUCUCCGUGUUGGGCCCGUUGGUAUCUACAUUCUGUUCGGAGAUAAGAAUAUCAGAAUGAUUUUUAGGAACUCCAAAGUCUUGAGCAAAGAUGCCUCAUCACAAAUGCUGUUCCGAAACUCAGGCAUGGAUCCUCACGACUUGGAAAUAAUGGCCUACGACACAUCUGGGACUGGAAUGGUUCCACUCACAAAUAUCCCCGAGGAGAAGAGAAUCUGGAAGAUGUCACAUGCCACAGGCGUUGCCCAUCUUGCUAGCGGCCCUUCUGUGACUAUCCUCACCAACAAAUUCACAGAAUGCUUCAUUAAAGAGCUGAACAAGGACCCGAAAGACAAGAAUAUGACAGUUCCUUUGUACGACUACUUUAGAGGAGCUAUGGCAACUGGUUCCAUGACAUCAAUCAUAGGUCCAGAGAUGUACAAACUCAACCCCGAUUUCAACAAAAUUUACUGGGACUACGACAAUGCUUUCCUUCUGAUGGCGAUUGGCAUUCCCAAAUAUCUGUACUGGAAAGGACAUGCAGCGAGAAAUCGCAUGCUAGCUGCUACCAAACUAUGGCUCAAGUCAGCUUGGAGAAACGUGGAUGAGAAGUCGGCAGAUAAUGACUGGGAACCACACUUCGGAUCACGUUUCAUACGACAGCUUGCUGAGAACAUGGCUUCUGUCGGUGUAAGUCAAGACGGACAAGCCUCGGCAUUCCUGCCAAUGAUUUGGGCCAUCAAUUCGAAUGCCAUUCCUUGUGCUGUGUGGGUGAUUUUUGAAAGCUUGCAACGACCAGGCCUGAUCGAUCGCUUGAGAGAGGAAGUUUCGGCUUCUGCAAUCAUCGACGACAAUGGCGAGUUGACAAUUGAUGUUCCCAAGCUGAUCAACCAGAGCCCACUGCUUACUUCCAUAUAUCUGGAAUGCCUGCGGGUUCGGAGCUCAAACACAAUCACUCGGAAACUUAUCGAAGAUCUCGAGUGUGAUGGAUAUGUGCUCAAGAAAGGAAAUCACAUCAUGUCACCCUCAUGGCUUCCCAGUCACGGCCCGCUCUGGGAUGUUGAGGGCCACCCCGCGAAUCAAUUUUGGCCUGAAAGAUUCAUUGAGAUGCCGAAGAUGAGACCAUCUGAUCCUGAGGAAAAAGCACAGUUUGAUCUUGCCAUGAAACCAGAUAACUUCUUUCCGUAUGGAGGGGGAGGCAUGAUAUGUACUGGACGAUUCUUCGCCAAGCAGGAAAUCAUGGCCGCGGUCGCUCUCUUCGUUCUCAAAUAUGACAUAGAGCCACUCAAUUGGGUCACCCUAAGCGGAAAAUCUUCAGAUAGGCCAGCGAAGCCGGACGAGAACUAUGCCGGUGCAGGGCUUCUGCCACCUGAUCGAGAUCUGAUGGUAAAUUUGAGGAGAAAAAAGUAGAAAUCAAACAAUUCUAUGUCUGAACUGGACUAAAACUAAACUUCAAUGCAUGGCUACUUGUAGUAUCUGCUUUGGAUGGAAAUACAUAUCACUGUGGUGUUAUCCAUUUGUAGCUAAGCACAUCUGACGAUUUUUGACAAUCCAAACAAUGAAUCUGAAUGUGUCUACGUAUUACCUCCCCCGUAUGUGACAUUAGCCACCGCCUCCAGUGCAGUCACGUGUCACGGUGGAAUCCUGGUGGCAGCGUGUCAGAUUUAGCAUCGAAAUCACACGUAUUGAGAAAGCUUGAGGUCGAAAUCGAAAACUUGAGGGGUACAAGAGCCUGCUCAUAGAUCUGUGUGUACAAGACUUUAUGAAAGGCACCACCAAGUCGACAAUAACAACUAAGGAAAUGUUCUUGGUAUCGGAGAUGUAGCUGACGAGACAGCCUAAAAUAGUUGACUUAAGGAUGGAUUGUUUACUUCCCCUAGCUUGUUGAGUCCUAGCGAGGCUAAGCGAGAAAGUUGGAUUUUGCGAAUGACAGCCCUCGUCGCCUCAAACAUCCGAGAUCUCAUCCACAUUACAGAUGUCUUGAAUGCAGCUUUGAAAGUUCAAGCUCAAGUUUCUGCUACUUUCUUCCCUCUCAAGUGAAUACGAGCUCGUUGUCGUAAAGCACG